ACUGUCUGAGAUCAGGAGGGGGUGGUCCGCAACACAACACGAGAUAAACUGGAUUCGUUCAUACUUCAACCGCUGGGGCUCUUCUGCAUCCUCGCCAUACACACACAAACGCGAUGAAAUCAAGCCUAAACACGGCAUGAGCUCGCCAGAAGCCAGCGGCACCGACACAGCUGCCACCUUUUAAUAACCGGACGCUCUUCUCCUCUCCGGUUCACCGACUUUGUAGUGUUCGGGAUGGGUAAGGAGGUGAACGGCGUCUCUCGGAGUCGCUUUGAGAUGUUCUCCAAUAAUGACGAGGCUGUUAUCAACAAGAAGCUGCCGAAGGAACUGUUGUUACGAAUUUUCUCAUUUCUGGAUGUAGUCACACUUUGCCGCUGCGCACAAGUCUCACGAUCUUGGAACGUGUUAGCGCUGGAUGGCAGUAACUGGCAGCGCAUUGACCUCUUUGACUUCCAGAGAGACAUUGAGGGCCGUGUGGUGGAGAACAUCUCAAAACGGUGUGGAGGCUUCCUAAGGAAGUUAAGUCUUAGAGGAUGUCUUGGAGUUGGAGACAGCGCUCUCAGAACUUUUGCCCACAACUGCAGGAAUAUUGAGCUGCUCAGCCUCAAUGGCUGCACCAAGAUCACUGACAGUACCUGUAACAGCUUGAGUAAAUUUUGUCCCAAACUGAAGCACUUGGAUCUUGCCUCCUGCACCUCAAUCACAAACCUGUCCCUCAAAGCUCUGAGCGAGGGCUGUCCGUUGCUAGAGCAGCUGAACAUCUCGUGGUGUGAUCAGGUGACCAAAGACGGCAUACAAGCGCUCGUGAGAUGUUGUCCAGGACUCAAAGGCCUGUUCCUCAAGGGCUGCACACAGUUGGAGGAUGAAGCACUUCAGCAUAUUGGAGCACAUUGUCCAGAGCUGGUCACACUCAAUUUGCAGACGUGUUCAGUAAGUCACUCAUAUUUGUUAUUCAUCAAAAGACAACUGUUCUAAACUCGAUGGAAAACUCCCUUUAUUCGACUGCAACAAUAGCCGUUCACAACAACAUAACAGUACCAGAAGCAGCGAUCGCUCUCUCACAUAAGAGUCUUUACUUCCUCUCAGUGUAAUAUAUGCAAACUUGUUACAUGUAUACAAAAUCAGAAUGUAUAACCUUGACUGAAACUUUACAAACUCCAUCUCUUCUUAAAAAAUAUAUAUAUAUAUUUCAAUAUUCAGCACAUGCCCUAGGAGCCCUAUAAAACAGCAAAACAUUCACAUCAAAUAACCUUUUUUUUUAAAUAGCAUUUUUUUAGAGCUUGUGUCCUUCACAAAGUGCCUUAAUUAAUUGCAGUGGUGAUGCCCCCUUGUUUGUAAGGCAGUCUGCAGGUUGUUCUUUUAUAUUACACCACAGCACUCAUUCAGCCCUUUGUGUUUGAAUACGAUCUUUGAUGCUGCUUAUGUCCAGGUGCAGUCUUUUCUCAGCAACUGAUUUUGUGGACUUCAGUGGAACAAGUGAAUGAUGGUCAGUGACACAUUAUUGGUAUGGCAUGUUCAGUGUCACCCAUAGUCAGCUCAGAGAACAUUGCCAAUGUUUCACCAGCUAGAGUGCUUCGCACAAUCCUUUUGACUCUUUUUGACUGCCAGGAAAGGGGAGAGAACGUCCCGUUUUCUCCCAUGAGAACAAUCAGAUGCCCACCUUGAGUCCCCCCAUCUGAAAGAUUCCCAAAUGAGGCAUCACUGUAUACAACCAUCGUCUUUGCUCAGAUAUUGGAAGUACAGAACUACCUUUUUGGACUUCAGUUUACACACUAUUCUGUUUGCUUCAAGAAUAGUCUGCACAGUUGCAUUUUUUUAUGCUUGAUGCUAAGCUGCUGGCAUCAAACAUUACAUCAGGCCUGCUCGGCCUUGCAGCCCAGAGAAUUCUGGCUACCUUGGACCUUCGUUGAUCUUAGUCAGAGAGACUUGUUCCACAGUUCGAGAAGGAUCCAAAUGUAUGGGCUGCAAUGCUUAACCUGUUAGCCUGCACCCAGACGCGGGCACCCUGUAGUUUCCUGAUGUACCUGCAUUUUAUUGUCCACAGUCUCAAAGUUUAUUCCCAUGUAACAGAAGCUGUUACACUCCUCACAUCAAACUUGAAACAUGGAUCUGAGAUGAGGUAUUACUGUUGUGGAGAAGCUUUGUGUGCCUCCCCAUAUAAAGUCAUCCACAUGGCAAGCGAGUACCCCAGUGCGGUCCUGAUCUAGCCAAUACACAGCAGGAUUUACUUAGGACAUUGUUUCUCCUGAAAUCAUGACAAUCUCCUUCACUCUGUUAUACCAGUAGAGUGACGCAUCGGCCAAACCCUACACACAUUUUUUAAGCUUCUAUAGUUUUCCUUCAUUGUUGGCUUGAUAUAAAGGUCACAAGACAGCUCCAUUCCCUGUAGAAAUGCAGAUUUUAUAUCCAUGGAGUUAAGUGACCACUGUCUUUGACAAAUCACUUCCACAAGAAGCCAAAGACACUCUGAAGCACAUGUUUUGGUGAGUCCUUGUUGAGUUCUGACACCUCUAGCGACGCGACGAGCUUUGGGUACAAUCCCCUUCAAUGUCUCUUUGUAGGUACAAACCCACCUAGUUGAAAUGCACUUUUGUCCCUCAUCCUUCACUUCUUCAAAGACACUGUUAUCUCUCCAACUCAUUAU